GGGGUAUUUUCACCAUUGUUCUGAGAUAAGAGUUUCUUAAAACAAGGAACCGUUCUCUUCUCAUCACUGGAGAUCUUUUGCUGUUGUUUGGUGACUCUCCGCGAUCUUUGCUGAGGCUUUCCAGCCGACCGAUAUAAAAUGUAUAUAAUCCGACGGCUGGUGUUACUGGCUCCUCCCGGCCCCUUGUCAUUGGGAUAAUUUCCAUCGAAGGCUUUGCAGCAGUCGUUAUAUUGAAACACUUUAUUCGCCAUUCAUGUACGGCUCAUCGGGAAGAGUGAUUAAUUGAAGCAGCUUUGGAUCUAAGUUGUGGUCUGAAGGAGCUGUCACUAGUGGCAAUGCAUUGAGCCGAGCCCAUGUGUAAUCUAUUGUUGUUGGUAUUGUGAUGCUGUUGCUGGAGAGAGGAGGGCGCCUUUGAACAAUAGAGGACAAAUGCAGAGACUUUUAGUCGAGCACAGCUUUCUCCAAAACACCGACACCUAACAGCAGCAGACAGCCAGCAGUGAAUAUGAAGCUCAGUCUGUAGUAGAAGUGGAUGUAGUUCUUUUGUAUUUUCUGCAUUGGGCGAACGAUGAAUUCCGCAGAAGAGACGGACGAGUGCGUCAACGAUGGUGACAUCGCAGCAUUUUUCAAGACAGGACCCUUCAGAAAUGAUGGAUUAAAAUUAUCUGAUGUAAUGCAAAUAAUGAAGGAAAAGGUUGCCUUUGUUUCAGGUGGACGUGAUAAAAGAGGUGGUCCAAUCCUAACAUUCCCAGCUCGCAGCAAUCAUGACAGAAUAAAACAAGAAGACCUCCGACAGCUUGUUACUUAUUUAGCAAGCGUGCCAAGUGAAGAUGUGUGUAAGAGAGGAUUCACUGUUAUCAUCGAUAUGCGGGGUUCCAAGUGGGAUCUGAUCAAGCCUUUACUUAAAACUCUCCAAGAGUCUUUCCCUGCUGAUAUCCAUGUUGCACUAAUUAUCAAGCCAGACAACUUUUGGCAGAAGCAAAAGACCAACUUUGGAAGCUCAAAAUUUAUAUUUGAGACAAGUAUGGUAUCUGUGGAAGGACUUUCUAAAUUAGUAGAUCCUUCCCAACUGACGGAAGAGUUCGAUGGCACACUGGAUUAUAAUCAUGAUGAAUGGAUUGAGCUUCGAUUGGCCCUGGAAGAGUUCAUCAGCAGUGCUGUGCAUCUGUUGUCCAGAUUAGAAGACCUGCAGGAGAUGUUGGCUCGGAAGGAAUUCCCCCUGGAUGUUGAAGGUUCACGAAAGUUAAUUGAUGAGCAUACACAACUGAAGAAGAAGGUCAUCAAAGCCCCUGUGGAGGAACUGGACCAUGAGGGGCAAAGGUUGCUGCAAUGUAUAAGGUGCAGUGAUGGCUUUUCUGGAAAAAAUUGUAUAUCUGGCAGUGCAGACUUUCAAAGUGUUGUGCCAAAGAUCACCAGUCUUUUGGAUAAGCUACACUCAACUAGACAACACCUACAUCAGAUGUGGCAUGUCAGAAAACUGAAGUUAGAUCAAUGCUUUCAACUUCGGCUCUUUGAGCAAGAUGCAGAAAAGAUGUUUGACUGGAUUAGCCACAACAAGCAAUUAUUCCUCCAGAGUCACACAGAGAUUGGAGUGAGUUACCAGCACACCGUGGAUCUACAGACUCAGCAUAACCAUUUUGCUAUGAACUCAAUGAAUGCGUAUGUCAACAUCAAUAGAAUCAUGUCUGUUGCAUCCAGGCUUUCUGAGGCUGGCCAUUAUGCAUCUCAGCAGAUCAAGCAGAUAUCUGCUCAACUUGAUCAAGAAUGGAAGAGUUUUGCAGCUGCUCUGGAUGAGCGUAGCACAAUCUUGGCAAUGUCUGCUGUAUUUCACCAGAAAGCUGAACAGUAUUUGUCAAGUGUUGAUAUCUGGUGCAAAACCUGUGCUGAAGGAGGCCUUCCAUCUGAAAUGCAAGAUUUGGAGAUUGCCAUUCAUCACCAUCAGACUCUUUAUGAGCAGAUCACACAGGCAUAUGCAGAGGUGAGUCAGGAUGGCAAGGCUCUUCUUGAUGUACUGCAACGACCCUUAAGCCCAGGAAAUUCUGACUCACUCACUGCAACUGCAAACUACUCUAAAGCAGUUCAUCGGGUCUUGGACAUUGUACACGAAGUGUUGCAUCACCAGCGAAGGCUUGAGAGCAUCUGGCAACACCGUAAGGUCCGACUGCAUCAACGGCUUCAAUUGUGUGUAUUCCAACAAGAUGUUCAGCAGGUUUUGGACUGGAUUGAAAACCAUGGAGAAGCAUUUCUUAGCAAGCACACUGGGGUUGGAAAGUCACUUCAUAGAGCACGUGCUCUUCAGAAGAGGCAUGAUGAUUUUGAAGAAGUAGCCCAGAACACAUACACUAAUGCUGAUAAAUUGCUGGAGGCAGCCGAGCAGCUGGCUCAGACUGGAGAAUGUGAUCCUGAAGAGAUCUACAAAGCUGCACGACACUUAGAGGUCCGGAUUCAGGAUUUUGUUCGAAGGGUGGAGCACAGGAAACUUCUGCUUGAUAUGUCAGUGUCAUUUCAUACCCACACAAAAGAGCUUUGGGCGUGGAUGGAGGAACUUCAGAAGGAGCUACUGGAAGAUGUUUGUGCUGACUCAGUGGAUGCAGUACAGGACCUUAUUAAACAAUUUCAACAGCAGCAAACAGCAACACUUGAAGCAACCCUGAAUGUCAUAAAGGAAGGGGAGGACCUCAUUCAGCAACUCAGGGACUCUGCAAUCUCCAACAAUAAAACGCCACACAAUAGCUCCAUCAGCCACAUUGAGAGUGUUCUCCAGCAGCUUGAUGAAGCCCAGGGACAGAUGGAAGAGCUUUUCCAUGAGCGAAAAAUCAAGCUAGAUAUUUUCUUACAACUUCGAAUUUUUGAGCAAUAUACAAUUGAGGUAACAGGAGAGUUAGAUGCCUGGAAUGAAGAUCUUCUCCGGCAAAUGAAUGACUUUAAUACAGAAGACCUAACUUUAGCUGAACAGCGGCUGCAACGACACACAGAACGGAAACUGGCCAUGAACAAUAUGACAUUUGAUGUAAUUCAGCAGGGCCAAGAUUUACAUCAAUACAUUAUGGAAGUGCAAGCAUCAGGAAUUGAACUGGCAUGCGAUAAAGAUAUGGACCUAGGAACACAAGUUCAGGAGCUGCUGGAAUUCCUUCAUGAAAAGCAGCAAGAGCUUGAGCUGAAUGCUGAUCAGACCCAGAAGCGCCUGGAGCAAUGCUUACAACUCCGUCAUCUGCAGGCGGAGGUUAAACAAGUAUUAGGCUGGAUUCGAAAUGGGGAAUCCAUGCUCAAUGCUAGCCUUGUUAAUGCCAGCUCGCUUUCAGAAGCAGAACAGCUUCAACGAGAACAUGAGCAAUUUCAGCUUGCCAUAGAGUCCCUCUUUCACGCCACUUCUUUGCAGAAAACCCACCAAAGUGCUCUUCAGGUGCAGCAGAAGGCCGAGACCAUGCUGCAAGCUGGCCACUACGACUCGGACGCCAUCAGGGAAUGUGCUGAGAAAGUAGCCCUGCACUGGCAACAGCUAAUGUUAAAGAUGGAAGACAGACUGAAACUUGUCAACGCAUCUGUGGCUUUCUAUAAGACGUCUGAACAGGUGUGCAGUGUUCUUGAGAGUCUAGAACAGGAGUACCGGAGAGAUGAAGACUGGUGUAGAGGCCAAGAUAAACUGGGGCCAAAUGCUGAAACCGACCAUGUCACACCACUGAUAAGCAAACAUCUGGAGCAGAAGGAAGCCUUUCUUAAGGCUUGCACUCUGGCGCGCAGGAAUGCUGAGGUGUUUCUGAAGUACAUCCACAGAAACAACGUGAGUACGCCUGGAGUGGCUGCUCACAUGAGAGGCCCUGAGCAGCAAGUUAAAGCUAUUCUGAGUGAGUUGCUGCAGAGGGAGAACAGAGUCCUUCACUUCUGGACGAUGAAAAAGAGGAGGUUAGAUGAAUGCCAGCAGUAUGUGGUGUUCGAAAGAAGUGCCAAACAGGCUUUGGACUGGAUCCAAGAAACAGGCGAAUAUUAUCUUUCCACCCACACCUCUGCUGGGGAAACUACAAAAGAAACUCAGGACCUUAUGAAAGAAUAUAGUGAAUUCAGGAUUUCUGCCAAGCAAACCAAGGAGAAGGUGAAACUCAUCAUUCAGCUUGCUGAUAGUUUUGUGGAGAAGGGACAUGCUCAUGCCUGUGAAAUUAAGAAAUGGGUCACAGCUGUGGAUAAGCGCUAUCGAGAUUUCUCAUUAAGAAUGGGGAAAUACAGAUCCUUUCUGGAAAAGGGCCUUGGAAUUACUUCAGAGGACAAUAAAGAUCUGGAACUAGAUAUCAUUCCAGCAAGUCUCACUGACCCUGAGGUUAAACUUAGAGAUGCCAACCAUGAAGCCAAUGAAGAGAAAAGAAAAUCUGCAAGAAAGAAAGAAUUUAUAAUGGCUGAGCUCUUGCAGACUGAAAAAGCAUAUGUUCGAGAUUUACACGAGUGUCUUGAGAGCUAUUUCUGGGAAAUGACCAGUGGAGUGGAAGAAAUCCCACCGGGUAUUAUUAAUAAGGAACAUAUUAUAUUUGGAAAUAUUCAGGAGAUCUAUGACUUCCAUAACAAUACCUUUCUGAAAGAACUGGAGAAGUAUGAGCAGUUGCCAGAAGACGUAGGCCAUUGUUUUGUCACGUGGGCAGACAAAUUCCAAAUGUAUGUCACAUACUGCAAAAAUAAACCUGACUCCAGCCAGUUAAUUUUAGAGCAUGCAGGGACAUUUUUUGAUGAAAUUCAACAAAGGCACGGUCUGGCCAAUUCAAUCUCAUCCUAUCUGAUUAAACCUGUUCAGAGAAUCACAAAGUACCAGCUGCUACUGAAGGAACUUUUAACCUGCUGUGAAGAAGGCAAAGGGGAAUUAAAAGAUGGUCUUGAAGUAAUGCUAAGCGUACCCAAGAAAGCUAACGAUGCAAUGCAUGUCAGCAUGUUGGAAGGAUUUGAUGAAAACUUCGAUGUUCAGGGUGAGCUGAUCCUUCAGGACACCUUCCAAGUGUGGGACCCCAAGUCACUCAUUCGGAAAGGACGGGAACGACACUUGUUCCUCUUUGAAUUAGCCUUGGUUUUCAGCAAAGAGAUCAAGGACUCCUCAGGACAUAGCAAAUAUGUUUACAAACACAAGUUACUGACAUCAGAGUUGGGGGUAACAGAGCACGUUGAAGGUGAUCCCUGCAAAUUUGCUUUGUGGGUGGGCCGAACACCUUCCUCAGAUAACAAGACUGUCCUUAAGGCUUCCAACAUUGAAACUAAACAGGAUUGGAUUAAAAAUAUUCGGGAGGUAAUACAAGAAAGAACUAUCCACUUGAAAGGAGCUCUGAAAGAACCUAUCCAGUUACCCAAAACCCCAGCAAAACAAAGGAAUAAUAGUAAAAGGGACAUGGGAGAAGAUGGAGAUAGUCAGGGAGAUGGUAGCAGUCAGCCAGAUACUAUUUCCAUUGCAUCAAGGACCUCGCAGAACACCAUGGACAGUGAUAAGCUUUCCGGAGGGUGUGAAUUAACUGUGGUGCUACAAGACUUCAUUGCAAACAACAGCAGUGAACUGAAUAUCCAAACAGGGCAGACCGUUGAGCUACUAGAGAAGCCAAGUGAAAGGCCAGGCUGGUGCUUAGUACGUACAACAGAUCGAAGCCCUCCGUUGGAAGGCUUGGUUCCAAGCAGCACCCUCUGCAUUUCACAUUCCCGCAGUAGUGUAGAGAUGGAAUGCUUCUUCCCAUCCGGAAAAGGUAAUUACAAUGCUUAUUCACCAAAUGACAAUGGAACUAAAUCCGAAUCUGUUUCAAGCCUUCAGCCUCAGCCUUCGCUAAGUUCUAUGCAGAAUUCCCCAGGACCCAAACGUUCUGGAAACACAUUGAAGAAAUGGUUGACUAGCCCUGUUCGUAGACUCAGCAGUGGCAAGGCAGAUAACAGGAAAAUUGUCAAGCAGAAAAGAGGCAGGAAUGGCAAGCCUGGCAUAGAUCCAGCAUCACCCAAAGCAGGGGAGAAUGAAAAUGCACCUCAGGAGGACAGUGCAGAUGAGAAGGGAAGGAAGGAUGAACCACCCAGCGGCACUUUAUCCAAGUCUUCAUCUGGAAUGCAGAGUGGAGGAGAAGAUGAGCCAGAUGAUGAGUCUCAUACCCCUCUUCCUCCACCGAUGAAGAUCAUCGACAAUGAUCCUUCUCCAGAGGACUGUUCCUCUUUGCAUACUGCCCGUCAGAGUGCUCCUGAAAUUCCCAGUGCUGCGGACCUUGUCAGUGCAAUCGAAAAGUUGGUUAAAAGUAAACUGUCUCUGGAACCAGGCUGUUCCUACCGAAGCAACUUGAAAGAUCCCCUGAGCCCUGAGUCAAUGACUUCUUCUGCAUCACCUGGAGAUCUUGCAGAAGAAAAGCGCGCCAAGGCACUUAAAGGACGAACUUAUGUUCUGAAUGAGCUGGUUCAAACAGAGAAGGAUUACGUGAAAGAUUUGGGAAUUGUGGUAGAGGGCUUCAUGAAAAAAAUCGAAGAGAAGGGUGUCCUUGAAGACAUGAAAGGAAAAGAAAAGAUAGUGUUUGGAAACAUUCACCAGAUUUAUGACUGGCACAGUAGUUAUUUCCUGGGAGAACUGGAAAAAUGUCUUCAGGAGCCUGAGCGUUUGGCAGAGCUCUUCAUCAAGCAUGAGAGACGCUUAGGCAUGUAUGUGGUAUACUGCCAAAACAAGCCGAAAUCUGAGUACAUUGUGGCAGAGUAUGAUUCUUUCUUUGAGGAAAUCAAGCAGGAGCUGGGUCAGAGGCUAAGUCUAAGUGAUUUUCUUAUUAAGCCAAUACAGAGAAUAACAAAAUAUCAACUUCUUAUCAAGGACUUCCUGAAAUACAGUGAAAAGGCUGGACACGAAUGCUCAGAGAUUGAGAAAGCUGUUGAUGUGAUGUAUUUGGUGCCAAAACGCUGCAAUGAUAUGAUGAAUUUGGGACGACUUGAAGAUUUUGAGGGAAAAAUCACCGCACAAGGAAAGCUACUUCAGCAGGAUACAUUCUAUGUGACAGAACAAGAUUCUGGAGUUCUCUCCCGAAGUAAGGAACGAAGAGUCUUUCUCUUCGAACAGAUUGUAAUUUUCAGUGAACUGCUGAAUAAGGGUUCUUCAACACCAAGGUAUCAGUUCAAGAAAAGCAUUAAGAUGAGUUACCUUAACAUUGAGGAGAAUGUAGACAACGAACUCUGUAAAUUUGCUCUAAUAUCUCGUGGAACAUCUGAGCGAUUCAUCCUGCAGGCACCAAGCAUUGAAGUCUGGCAAGCUUGGAUUCAGGAUAUCAAUCAAGUACUUGAUGCCCAGAGAAAUUUCUUAAACGCACUGCAAUCGCCAAUUGAGUAUAUGAAAAGAGAAAGUGGCCCACAGCCCUUAGGGAAAACACAAGCAAGCAGGAUACCCCAGGCCAAUAUCAGAGCGCUCUCCUCUUCUCAGACUGGAUCUGAAAAGCCUCUCAAAUCAUCGGUUCACAGUCCAUCACUUCCCCCGUUAAAGCUAUCUACCUCCAAUGGAACUACAAGUAUCGAUGAAGAUCAGCAUUAUGGAGACUCUGAGCAAAUCAAGAAUAACACUGCUGGAUGCAAUGGGACCUCUACCAUGUUGGUCACCCAAGAUUAUGCCGCAGUGAAGGAGAAUGAGAUCUGCGUGUUUCAGGGCGAGAUGGUUCAGGUUCUUGCCAUUAACCAGCAAAACAUGUUCCUGGUGUACCGGCCUGCAAAUGAACACUCCCCCGCUGCUGAAGGGUGGAUUCCAGGCUUUAUCCUGAGUUACACCAGUGACUACUCCACAGAGACUGACGAAGGAAGCAUCAAGAAGUCAUGUUCUUGGCAUACAUCACUGCAUUUGAGAAAACGAGGAGAAAAGGAGAACAGUGGGAAAAAUGAAGGGAGGUUUGAAACUGAUGCUCGUAAACCCAAGGAAAUUCUGACCAACAAGGCCUCUGUUAAUGAGUCUAACAGUUCUGAGGAAUCCGAAUGUGAUGAUCUUGAUCCUAAAACUAGCAUGGAGUUGCUAAAUCCAAAUUUUAUUCAUGAAGUGGCACCUGAAUUUCUGAUCCCCUUGGCUGACUUGACAUGUGCUAUUGGAGAGACAAUCAUUUUGCGCUGUAAAGUCUGUGGAAGACCAAAACCUACUGUCACCUGGAAAGCGCCCGAUCAAAGUGUGCUUGUGCAUGACAGUCGUUACACUCCAUCACUCAGUGAUUCUGGGGAAGUUAUGCUUAAAAUCUGUAAUAUCAUGCCUCAAGAUAGUGGAAUAUACAGCUGUGUGGCAGUGAAUGAAAUAGGAACAGCAUCAUCUUCAGCAACAGUCAAAGUGCAGGGUGUUCCAGCAGCACCAGGUCGACCAAUAGCCCAGGAGAGAAGCAAUAGCUCUGUUAUUUUGAGAUGGUUGCCUCCAGCAAGUACAGGAAACUGCACCAUUUCCAGUUACACUGUUGAAUACAGGGAAGAAGGAUCACUGGCAUGGCAGCAAUCAGUAGCAUCCACCUUGGACACCUACCUUGUGAUUGAGGACCUGAUUCCAGGAUGUCAGUACCAGUUCCGAGUCAGUGCAAGUAACCCCUGGGGAAUCAGCUCACCAAGUGAGCCGUCUGAUUUUGUAACUCUGUCUUGCAACAAUGAGCCUACUACUGAUGACUCACGAAUUCCAUGGAAGGAUAAUUUUGAAUCUGCUUACACGGAACUGUUUGAAAUUGGAAGGGGUCGCUUUUCCGUUGUGAAGAAGUGUAUCCAAAAAUCGACAAAAAGGGAAGUGGCUGUGAAAUUCAUCAGCAAGAAAAUGAAGAAGAAAGAGCAAGUGGCUCAUGAGGCAGCUAUCUUACUGAACUUGCAACACCCACAAUUUCCUGCAAUUUGCGACACAUAUGAAUUUCCUACUGGCUAUAUCUUAGUUCUUGAACUCCUGGAUAAUGGUCGCUUGCUUGAAUUUUUGGUGAAUCAAGAAGAACAUUUGGAAGAAAAAGUUGCCUUUUACAUUCGGGACACGUUAGAAGCCCUUCAGUAUCUGCAUAACUGCAGAGUUGCUCAUUUGGAUUUAAAGCCCGAAAAUCUGCUGAUUGACCUUCACACACCUGUGCCACGUGUCAAGCUCAUAGAUCUGGGCGAUGCUGUUCAAAUCACAACUUAUUAUUACGUACAUCAGUUGUUAGGAAAUCCUGAAUUUGCAGCUCCUGAAAUAAUUCAGGGAACACCAGUUUCAUUAAGUACAGACAUCUGGAGUCUUGGAGUCCUGACAUAUGUGAUGUUAAGUGGAGUAUCUCCCUUCUUGGAUGAGAGCCUGGAGGAGACCUGCAUGAACAUUUGUCGAAGGGAUUUCAGUUUUCCUGAUGAAUAUUUCCAGGGAGUCAGCUACGUUGCCAGAGAUUUCAUAAGGGCUCUGCUUCAGGGAGACUUUCGCUGGAGACCCACAGCCGCCACUUGUUUACAAAAUCCAUGGUUGCAUCCUCAAAAUGACUGUUACUCUACAACACCACUGGAUACCUCGCGAUUAGCCUUAUUUAUUGAGCGGCGGAGGCAUCAGAAUGAUGUGCGCCCUAUCAGCAAUGUGAAAGGCUUCUUACCUAGCAAUCUUGGAUCAAGGAUGUGA